AUGGCACCACGACUGGGAAGGUAUAACGCGACCAUCCGGCUAAUUGAGUCCACCCAGCUCACAGCAACCGAGCACUCCAUCUGGAGAGCCUUUCUGGACGAGGCCGUCGAUCCAGAAUAUGCUGCUCAAUAUAUCUGGGAAAGGAUCCACGACCGUCCUAGUCAUCCCCCGGAGCAAGUCUUGCAUGAAUUGAAACUCGACUGGAAGCGGGUUGUCACUAAGUGUCAGUCCAAACCGAACGUGCUCCUAUUUCUCCACCAGCAGUCGAGUCAGUGGCCAGGCGAGACCAAGUCUCAUCAGAUGCACGAACUGGGGUCGAAGCUCGGGACGAUUCGCACUGCUUUAUGCUGCGUCAGAAGCCAUCGGACCCCAGCGUAUGCGUUUGUUUCGAUCAUGCCUGGGUGA